UCGUCUCCGUUGGCGGGCUGGGCACCUUCUCGGCGAAAGGAGUGCGAGGUCAGGUUGCUGGUGGCACCGGCGGGUUCAGCCACCCGCUUCAAAAAGCGGUUGACAUACGCUUGGACUCCCAGCGACACACAGGGCGCCUCCUGCAUCACCAGAGCAACGGCCAGCGUGUGCAGGGGGCAGGUGAGGAAGUCGUCGCGGUCAGGUACGAGGGUGAGGCCUUGCUCUUCGGCAGUUUUUACACGAAGCAUGCGUACGUAG